UGUUUAGGCCUUAAAGCAACAAUUAUAUGGUCUGAGAGCGAAGAGAAGGCGUUACCUUGAAGCGUACAGCCACAGCCAGCUCCGUCUCCCUCAUUCCGCCUCUUUAGAUCUUCGCGGCCAAAUCUGAAGACCCAGGUGAGAGAAAGAGGAGGCGGGGAUGGGAACGUCGAUCGAUAUAACGGAGCCGAUGCUGCGGCUGUCAGCGGAGGAAGCAGACGGGCGCAUCGCCGAUGGUUCCGAGAGGAUUCCACCGUGGAAAGAACAGAUAACGCUGAGGGGGCUGGUCGUCAGCGCUUUGCUUGGCUGCCUCUUCUGCAUUAUUACUCACAAGCUCAACCUCACCGUCGGGGUAAUCCCAUCUCUGAAUGUUGCCGCUGGUUUGCUGGGCUUCUUUUUCGUGAGGAGCUGGACGGGGAUUCUAGAGAAUCUGGGUUUCCGGGUUGCCCCUUUUACGCGCCAGGAAAAUACCGUCAUCCAGACUUGUGUGGUUGCUUGCUAUGGUUUGGCCUUCAGUGGAGGUUUUGGUUCAUAUAUGCUUUCUAUGGAUCAAAGGACAUAUGAACUCAUAGGAAAGGAUUAUCCUGGUAACAGGCCCGAGGAUGUUAAAAUCCCUUCCUUGGGUUGGAUGAUAGGUUUCAUGUUUGUUGUUAGCUUUCUAGGGCUCUUCAGUCUUGUUGCACUUCGAAAGUUGAUGGUAAUUGACUACAAGCUUACGUACCCGAGUGGAACAGCCACAGCUUUGUUGAUAAAUAGCUUUCAUACCAAUGCUGGAGCUGAGCUUGCGAGGAAGCAAGUUCAUUGCCUUGGAAAAUACCUAAGCCUGAGCUUCUUGUGGAGUUGCUUUAAGUGGUUCUUCAGCGGUGUUGGGGAUUCCUGUGGUUUUGAUAAUUUUCCUACCUUGGGCCUCACAGCUUUUAAUAAUACGUUCUAUUUUGAUUUUAGUGCAACAUACGUUGGGUGUGGUCUUAUUUGCCCACACAUAGUUAAUUGUUCUGUUCUUCUUGGGGCCAUAAUUUCUUGGGGAUUUCUUUGGCCGUUUAUUAGUAAGCGUGCAGGAGAUUGGUAUCCAGAUAACCUUGAAAGUAAUGAUUUUAAAGGGCUUUAUGGUUACAAGGUCUUCAUUGCAAUAUCUCUUAUACUUGGGGAUGGUCUCUACAACUUGGUGAAAAUAGUUUACAUAACCAUAAAGGAAAUGUUGAAUGCACAAUCACAACGUAAAGCUCUUCCUCAUGUUGCAAAUCAAGAAGCUGACGACUCCAAGACAUUAGAGGAGAAUUUGCGUAAUACAACCUUUGUCAAAGACAGCAUACCCGCUUGGUUUGCCACCUCAGGGUACAUCGCCCUUGCUGCCAUAUCCACCGCAACAAUCCCCAUCAUUUUUCCUCAGCUGAGAUGGUAUCUUGUCCUCGCCUGCUAUCUCGUUGCACCCGCUCUCGCAUUCUGCAACUCCUACGGCACCGGCCUCACCGACUGGAGCCUCUCCUCCACUUACGGCAAGAUCGGCCUCUUCACCUUCUCCGCCCUUGUCGGCUCUAAUGGCGGCGUCAUCGCCGGCCUCGCCGCAUGCGGCGUCAUGAUGUCCAUCGUCUCCACCGCUGCCGACCUGAUGCAGGAUUUCAAAACUGGUUACCUAACCCUCUCCUCUCCAAGUUCGAUGUUCGUCUCUCAGAUCGUCGGCACCGCCCUCGGCUGCAUCGUCGCGCCGCUUACUUUCUGGCUCUAUUGGACCGCGUUUGACAUCGGCUCACCUGAUGGGAUGUACAAAGCUCCUUACGCUGUUAUAUAUCGGGAAAUGGCGAUUCUCGGGAUCGAGGGCUUCUCCGCGCUUCCGAAGCAUUGUCUGGAGAUCUGCUGCUUGUUCUUCGUCAUGGCUAUUGUGAUAAAUAUUGCGAGGGAUGUUACGCCGGCGACUAUAUCGGCUUAUAUUCCGAUUCCGAUGGCGAUGGCGGUGCCUUUUUAUAUUGGGGCUUAUUUUGCGAUAGACAUGUUUGUUGGGACAGUGAUACUGUUUGUGUGGGAGAGGUUAAAGAAGGAGGAGGCUGAUGACUUUGCUGGAGCUGUAGCUUCUGGGCUGAUAUGUGGUGAUGGUAUCUGGACCAUUCCUUCAGCUAUUUUAUCCAUCUCCAGAAUCAAUCCUCCCAUUUGCAUGUACUUUGGACCUUCUUCUUCCACCUAAUUCAGGUACUGUAAAAGAAGAUGAAUUUACAUACAUACCUCACAAAUCUUGUAUAUUUAAAUAUGCAACACCUGAACCUUCAUAUUUAUAUUUAUAGAACUUUGGUAUGAUAAAUCUAUGCAUGAAAAUGUG